UUUUUUUGUUGAAGUCACGGGGGCAAUAUGUCUUUCUGGUGUUCAAUCAUAAUUCAUAACGCCUCGCAGGGUUAGAAAGCUAACGCAUUCCCUCUGGUACCCUAAACGCCUAAACCCUAGCAAAGCGGUGAGUGUUUCUUCUCGGUUCCAGGAAUCCAAGUCUGUGCCGCCGGUGAGAUAUAUCGGAAGAGCACUCCGUCGAACCCUCUACGCCGCAGAAUGGGAAGGGAAAUAGAGCCGCAGAAAUCUCAGCAGCAAGUCUCAUACACAGUGGAGCAGCUGGUAGCUGUGAAUCCUUACAAUCCCGACAUCCUCCCCGAUCUUGAAAACUACGUCAAUGAGCAGGUUGCCUCCCAAACAUACAGUUUAGAUGCAAAUCUCUGCCUUCUUCGCCUUUAUCAGUUUGAGCCAGAGCGGUUGAGCACCCAAAUUGUUGCUCGCAUUUUGGUUAAGGCCCUUAUGGCAAUGCCGGCUCCAGAUUUCAGCCUUUGUCUCUUUUUGAUCCCAGAAAGAGUGCAAAUGGAGCAGCCGUUCAAGACUCUGAUUGUCCUCUCACAUUAUCUUGAGACUGGUGGGUUUCGUCUAUUCUGGGAUGAAGCAGCUAAGAGUCGGCAUAUUGUUGACGCUGUACCAGGGUUUGAGCAAGCUAUCCAAGCAUAUGCAGUUCACGUCCUUUCUUUGACCUACCAAAAGGUUCCUAGGUCCGUGUUAGCAGAGGCCAUCAACAUUGAAGGUUUGUCGCUGGACAAAUUCCUCGAACAGCGAGUGGCAGACCGUGGGUGGGUUAUAGAGAAGGGCCAAGGUGGUGGUCAAGUCAUUGCUCUCCCUAAGACUGAAUUCAACCAUCCUGAGCUCAAGAAGAACUCUGGCGAUGCCGUCCCAUUGGACCACGUCACUCGCAUCUUUCCCAUUCUUAGCUGAAUCGUUUUUUCAACAUUACAGCUGGAUUUAGCUGAACUAGAGCUUGGACUCUGAUAUCCUUCUGUUACCGAGAAGGUUUUUGUUUGAUGAUGACCAUUACAUUGUGCGAUCGAAGAGAGAUGGCAUAAUGGGAAACACAAUGCAAUACUUCUGUGGAAGCUAGUACGGCUAUGGAUCGAGAUAGUACGACACUUGUGUAGAGAAUGAAUAAGGCAUACAGUAUGUCAUUACUGGUGUAACAAGCAAAAACGAAAGAAAAUGGUUCUACUUGAAAGAUACUAGACAUAAUAAUAAUACAGAGACUAAGUAGAUAGAUACAGAAGGCUUUUGUUGACAUUAACACGUUCUUGGCAGCCACACAGAUAAGGCACAUCGAAUGUGUUGCUGUGCUGUUGCUGUUGCUGUGGAGAACCAAAAGAAAUUCCGUUCGCUCUUUCGAGGGAGGCUUUAGGAUCUGCAUAACCUCACAUUAGUCCCUAUCCAAUCUCUGAAAUUCUCAUCCCCAGGACAAACUUCCUACAACUCAUUCAAACAAGCAAGGAAGCAAAAGAAUUAACGUCGUCUCGACCACCAUAUUUACAUAACAACACCCCCCAAAUUUACUGGACAAAAGGAACAAAAAAAUGAAUGAUUUUUUUUUCCUGGGUUUUUUUUCUUCUCUGGAUUGUUUGUGGCUAUUUACUCCUUGUUUAGUGUCUGGUCUCAAUCUAGGGUUUCGUUCCAUCAGUGCUUGCGUCCUUUGAGGAUCCUCGGUUAGAAACUGG